AUGGAAAGAAGAAACGGGAGAGAGAAUAACUUAGAAUAUAAAAGCAUUAAACAGAUAUGCGGUAGGAGUAAACUGAAGGUAUGCAUACAGCAUGGAUCUGGCCAGUUGGACAGGCAUGCCAGUAGGUUUAAAUUAUACUACAAGCCGGUUUAUAAUGUAGUUUGUGGACAUAUUCACUGUAUAAUGCAGUGGCUGAGAUUCAAUCUAGUAACUGCAAUGGGAGUAUUAGGAAAGAAGGCUAUUCGAAAAGUGCUUCUGUAUGUCUACUGGCUAUAUGUAAGUGUAUUAUGGGCACACAUCAGAAUUAUUUGUGCACCGGAUGAGCAAAGCAUUGACUACUUUAGUAACGGUUCAAUUAGUACAGAUGAAAUGCUUUCUAUUCACAUUGAUACUAGUAUUGAGGUACUUCAGUGUUACUAUGAUUCAGAAAAGCUGUUUAAUAACACUACGUUUAAUCUGGCAGUUCCUGCGAUUUAUUAUAAUAAAAUGAAAGAAAUGGAAAAUAAACUAUCCUCCACAGAAAAAGGGGCGGAUGAGGGUGUUUCUAUAGAAAAAGAGCCUUUGAAUGAUGUAACCUUAGAUGAGCUAAUGCAAAUACCAUCGGCCCAGCUGGUUGAAGUUGAGAACAUAGAACCGUACGCAUCUACUUUGGAUAUAACCCGAAAUUUCAAUAAAUCCACAUGUGAAGAGAAAGUAUCUGAAUCAGAAGAUAGAAAGAGUGCUAUUAGCUAUGCGAAAAAUACUAUAAAAAAAAUUAGGAAUUCAAAGAGAAAAACCACUCCACUAAUAGACUCAGAGAGUACAAUUAAAAAUAAAAAGAAGAAGGUACUUGAAAAAACUUCUAAAAAGAAAAGUAGAAGAAAAAGCAGUCCUUUUGUGGCAGUAGAUAAAUUAUCUGAGAGCUCUUCAGAAAAUGAACAGCUGAGUGAUACCUCUGAGAGCAGUUAUGCAUCCAGUGAGUCAUUCAGUCAAAUAUCAAGAAAGUAUGUAUUUAAAGACUCAAUGGAGUAUUUUGACUCUAUAAACACAUUUAACAGGUAUAAAGUUCUCUCGAUGAAAGACAUUUAUCGGUUUAAGCCCACCCAAGCAAUAUUGUGUUCCUAUGCGAAGAACAAGAGUAGGCGUGAUGAGAUUUAUUUUUCGUUUGGCAUCGGCAUGAUUCGUGAAUUCAAGAAAAUUAGGAACAUUUGGAUAAGCAUAUACACAGCCAAGAAAAGAGAUGCACGCAGGGCAAUUUUUCUUAUUAAAUAUCUGGUGGAGAAUCCCGAAAUAACCAAACAGAUAUUUAAGAACUAUAAUAUGUUCUAUUACAAUCGGUUUAUAAAGGAUUUAUACAAGUACAUGUUAAAUGAGAUACCUACUUGUUAUUGCACGGAGAUUAAUUCUGCUUCUUAUUAUAAUAGAGCCUUUUCUAGAAAUAAUAUUAUGAAAAUACCUCUUGGUGACAUAUACAUUAGAAAGGGCAUAAAUCUAUGGUGGCAUGCAGAGAGUAUGCUUGUAAUAAUCAUAGAGCAAAAUAAGCUAAACCUAGACAGUAUUGGCGUACCAGAUAUUUCACGCAUAAAAAGGCAGAUACAAUUGAUUCUAAGCAUACCAGAAAUAUAUGAAGAUUUGUUCUAUAUACCGUACUCUUUGAUAGAAGAUACUCAGUCCCAGAUCUUACUAUUGGGGAACAUUGAGCCGCAGCACAGAUUGUUUUGUAUUAUACAGUAUUUAUAUGGAAAGAUCCAUAAUUCGACUAUUAUAAAAAUAGAAGCAAGCAGAAAAAUACAGAUAGCCAAUCGUAAUUAUUCUUUGCAUACGUACAGUGACAUUGACAUGUAUAACCUUGUUUAUAAGAUAUUCACUGUUUUUUAUAGACAUUCUAAGAAUACGUAUAAAACAUACAUUAAUGAAAAAAUAAAAGAAAUCAGACCGCACGUACAGUAUAAAUCUAGAGCCAGGUCGAUGUACAAGCUUAACUACUUAUAUAUGAAAGAGUAUACAGGAAUUCCCGCAAAUAAUAUACUUGUUCUAAAGGGAAAGGAUUCUAUUAUAGACGCGAAUUUUAGUGUGUGCACUCUUUUACUCGAGUAUUCUGUGCUUGCAUCCCAUGAUAAAAGACUAUUAGACAAAAUAACAAGCAGGACAGCAAAUUAUGAGAAUAUAUUCUACGACAGUGUAGAAUUAUCUCACUCUCAUCAUUACCAUGUCCAAUUCAUAGACAAUCAUACACACCGUGUAUACAUUAUACAUCUUCCGUUUUUUGUGUUUAAAAAUACGCGCAAUGUGUAUAAGUAUCACUAUAUACACACUAUUUCAGAUAUAGUAGAACAUAUAAAGAAGACCUUUAAUAUACGCCAGAGCAAGAAAUCUUCAUUCAGUAAUAAUGUAUAUCCAUUUAAAUACAGCAAAAGCGAAAACAAAUGGUCAAUGAUUAUGCCCGAUACUACAAGCGAUAAAAAAUGCAAAAAAACCAAGAAAGAUAACGAUAUGGAGAAGACCAUUGAAGAAAUGGCCAAUUCUGGCUUUACUGUUGUUUUCUAUUAUAUAAAAGAAAACCUCCAAACCACAGAAUUUAUAUUUGCCCAGCUCAAUCCACUCGGUGCAGAUGUAUUAAAUAAUUAUACAAUACAUUCCCUGCAGAAAAAGGAGAUUAAUCAACUGUGCAAGGAAGAGAGUAAAAUCGGUCUAUUCCCAAGAAUACCUUUAUUUCUACCCAAGUUAAUGAUAUCUGCAACGUAUUUAGGUCCUUAUGUUUUAAAAUCAGAGAAGUAUCAUAUUAAUAUCCUUACUGAAUAUAAAGAUUUAGUCCCCAUUGAAUUUUCUAAUUGGCUGGAAGUACCUACACACGCAAACAGAAGGUAUAAACCAUUAGGAAUAAUAGAUAAUUAUAAGAAUAAGGCGUACUACUACAGUGAUUUUAGCGUAUUAGACAUAAAUUCACCCUAUGAAGACUGUGACUGUUAUAGCAUGAAUAUUGUACAAAGCAAUAUUAAUAAUUAUAGUGCAAAUAUAUCCUGGCGUACAAGAAUACAGCACGGCAUAGAGGAUUAUACAAAUUAUCACUGGGACUUAGUACAGAAUACCACAAAGUGUAAUAAUACUAUAGAAAAUAAUAUACAAGGCAAAAGAACAAAAAAAGUACUUUCAUGUUUUCUAAGUAUGCUUCAAAAAAAGCACGUAUCACUGGACAUGUUUAGGUAUGGAAUAUGCAUUUAUACAAAACUCGGCUCAAGUAGAUGCCAGUUCGCAUCUGUUUUAUGUCCCGACUUUAAAAAUCGUAUAAAUAAUCUGGUAAGUAUAGAUAACAAUCCUAUGUAUGAGCGGCUUAGUCCUUUGCUUAAGAAGAAUAUUCAUGAACUGAAUAAUUUACCACCUAUAGACAUGUCUGAUAUAUCAAAUAUUUCUAAAGUAACUAUAACUGUAAAGAAUAUUAAUUACAUGCUGUCUAAAUUAGGAAUACAUUAUGAUAUUUUUGAUGUAUUUUUUAGGCCGUAUAAUUGA